AAUACCUGGUUUGGAUAUGGAUACGGUAAAAGAACGAGUUUUAGCCCCCGGUAAGGCGGGACUGAAGAAUGUGGCGGGGAAGACACUGGCUCAUAUGCAGAGGCUUUUGGAAAGGAAGCAGAAAACAGGUGAGGUGAUCGAGUUGACAGAAGAUGGGCGUCCUAAAGAGAUCAAAGAGAAGAAAGCACCUCUGUGUGACUGCUCGUGUUUCGGCUUACCCCGCCGCUACAUCAUUGCCAUCAUGAGCGGCCUCGGUUUCUGCAUCUCCUUUGGGAUCCGCUGUAACCUGGGGGUCGCCAUCGUGGGCAUGGUCAACAACAGUACCAUACACCGGGGUGGCAAGAUAAUCAUCAAAGAGAAAGCAAAGUUUAACUGGGAUCCAGAGACGGUCGGGAUGAUCCAUGGCUCCUUCUUCUGGGGUUACAUUGUGACACAAAUCCCAGGAGGAUAUAUCUGCUCCAGACUGGCAGCCAACAGGGUGUUUGGAGCAGCUAUCCUGCUGACGUCAACCCUCAACAUGUUCAUUCCUUCAGCGGCACGUGCGCAUUAUGGUUGUGUCAUAUUUGUGAGGAUAUUACAAGGCCUGGUGGAGGGAGUGACCUAUCCAGCCUGCCACGGUAUCUGGAGCAAGUGGGCUCCACCACUAGAGAGAAGUCGCUUGGCAACCACCUCUUUCUGUGGUUCCUACGCUGGAGCUGUAGUAGCCAUGCCUCUGGCUGGGAUCCUUGUGCAGUAUUCAGGCUGGUCCUCUGUCUUCUAUAUUUAUGGGAGUUUUGGUAUUGUUUGGUACAUGUUUUGGAUCCUGGUGUCUUAUGAGAGCCCAGCGGAGCACCCCACUAUUACAGAGGAGGAGCGACUUUACAUAGAGGAGAGCAUUGGAGAAGGAACAAAACUGCUUGGCGCAGCUGAGAAAUUUAAGACACCUUGGAGGAAGUUCUUCACCUCUAUGCCUGUCUAUGCAAUCAUUGUGGCCAACUUCUGCAGGAGCUGGACCUUCUACCUCCUGCUCAUUAGCCAGCCUGCAUACUUUGAAGAGGUCUUUGGUUUUGAGAUCAGUAAAGUCGGUAUGGUGUCUGCUCUGCCUCAUCUGGUCAUGACCAUCAUAGUGCCAAUAGGAGGCCAGCUUGCUGACCAUCUGCGCAGCAAAAAUAUUCUGUCUACCACUACUGUCAGAAAGAUUAUGAACUGUGGAGGGUUUGGGAUGGAGGCCACACUUUUAUUGGUAGUUGGUUUCUCCCACAGUAAAGGUGUAGCCAUCUCAUUUUUGGUGCUAGCGGUGGGUUUCAGUGGAUUUGCAAUAUCAGGUUUUAAUGUAAACCACCUGGACAUUGCACCCAGGUAUGCCAGCAUUCUGAUGGGCAUUUCAAAUGGGGUUGGAACAUUGUCUGGUAUGGUCUGCCCUCUUAUUGUGGGUGCCAUGACAAAGAACAAGACACGAGAAGAAUGGCAGAACGUGUUCCUGAUUGCCUCCAUGGUCCAUUACGGUGGUGUAGUAUUCUAUGGCAUCUUUGCAUCAGGUGAAAAGCAGCCGUGGGCUGACCCAGAGGAGACCAGUGAGGAGAAGUGUGGUUUUAUUGAUGAAGAUGAGCUUGCUGAAGAGACUGGUGACAUCACACUCAGUCAUGCUCCACUUGCAGCUCAGGGAGCAUUUGGGGCCCCCCCAAAAACAUACGGAGCCACUACUCAGGUGAAUGGGGGAUGGGCAGAAGGAUGGGAGAAAAAAGAAGAGUAUAUUCAGGAUGGAGCUGAGCAGGUUUAUCCUCAGCAUAGAAAUGGAUACUCAUAGAACAAAAGGGCUGCUUGUAUUUAGAAAAAAGGUCACACAGUCAUUGUUUAUGGUGACUCAUCAAAAAAAAAAAAACUUAUCUGCAUACAAUCAAAGUAUCUACAGGGAAGAUAAGUGUGGCUCAGACUAACACAUUUAGAAAAUA